UUCAUUACAAACCAAACACACGUAUUUACAAUGUUUUUGCCUUGUCCGUUACAAAUUUUUCGUAAUAGUUUACAGUGUAUGACAAAUUUGCUUGAUAAGUUGACUAUUAUAUUAAACUGGCCUUCGUAUUGUUGAACGUUUACUGUCUCGUUGUCCUUAACAUGAAUCUUUGGUUGAUCACGGAUGGUUUGGUACUCUGUGGUAAUCUCGUUAGUGUCUAUCUUUUAUGACCAUAAUGCUGUUUGUUUAUUCAGCUUUAUGGAAAUGUCUAGUAACGCAAGCCACAUAGUGCACAGUGUAAUCUUUGUAUACUUGCACGUAUUAAUGUAGGUGACGAAAUAUGUGUUAUCGUCGUUAAAUACCCUAAUUAAAAGUAAAAUGGUUGUACAUGAUACAAUAAGUUUGUGGUAAUCGCUUGGCGUGAAAUGUUGAAAAUUAGUUAUAACAUUAUACCAGUGUUCUUAAUGAACGAUACAUUCACCACUUCAUACUUUUGAGUGUCUACGGAACCAUUCAUCUGGUGCGUGAAACCAUGAAGCCCAUUGCUCCAAAGUAAUUGCUACACACAUGCUCGAAUUACCACUCGUUAUCAUACGAUUGUCGCAUCGGGACCGUACGCAUCUAAAUAAUCUGCUCUGCAAUGCCACACACAAUAACAAGGCUGUAAUAAGGUUUUACCUAACCUGCAAGGUUAACAUUGCAAAGAUGCGUUGUGCCUACGGGUAACAGCAAAAACCUUCGUUUCUAAUGACAUUUUUACGCUUCUUUGCUAGCUUCCUGUAUUACCUGUUCGCUUAUCUACCCUGGCUACGAUGGCAUCGCUAUAUACCAUUGCAUUCAGCCUCGUAAAUGUAGUAACAAAGCUUGUGCCCUACAGUAACGUCAAAUUUUUGUUACCUUUGCCAGAAAUCCAAGCCAACGGUUGGACCUGUUAGUAGAAACUUCCACUACCUACGCCUUGUCACAGUAGAGUGCACCAGCCAAGUACUUUGCGACAAUCUGCCAACAUCUACUAGUUCAUGCUAUGAUCGAGGCAACUGACCUCAACUGUGCGAAUUGCCGGUAAAGCGUGAGGAGCCAUGGGCAGCUGGUUCGGAACCGAACGCGCGUUCGUUUAAUAUCAAUUCUAAACGCGUUUGAAUUGAAUGGUUCGCAAAAUAAAAUAAUAUAACGCACGUGAUGGUGAAUCUUCCGUCAGUUCAUGGUUGAGAGAGGUAUAUAAACAGCGUUCAAGUGUGACACGUUCCGUGCGUGACUGAUCAAUCGUAGUUCGUUAAAAGUGUGAAAAAAUUGUGUCAAACAAGUGAACGCAUACAUACAAAAAAAGGUGUAAAUACUCUUUUUAGUAAAAAAUUUAGCGUUAAUCUUAUUUUUUCAAACUUCAAUCAUCUGUAAAGCAACAACACCUUAAGCAUGUACGGGCCGCUAAUCCAUUUCAUUAAAGCGAUAGAUCGCAUACCGACCCGGUUCAACGUGUCUAUUAUGUUGUUUAUGGCAUGUCUCAUCAGCUAUAUGUUACGAGUAAACAUGUCUGUCAAUAUAUUGGCAAUGGUGCAGCCAAUUCAAAGCAAUAUCAAACAAUCUGCACCCUUGGACCAUAACAACAUAUCUGAUGGAACAACUAAUCAAACAAUGAUCGAAAAUUCAAAAGUCCCAGAUUAUGGUCCACGAUAUAAUUGGAGCUCUCACGAUCAAAGCAUCAUCUUGGGCGCCUAUUUCUACGGUUAUCUGAUAUCGUCGUUGCCGGCCGGUAUUUUUGCGGAACGCUUUGGCGGACGUAAUAUGGUUGGACUGUCGUUGGCAUUUAGCGCACUCCUAACCGCAUUAACUCCCCUAGCCGCUGACAAUGGCAUGUGGGCCACUAUUGCCAAUCGCGUGGCGCUAGGAAUUUUGGGUGGCUUUUUGUAUCCGGCAUUACACAACCUCAUCUCUAAAUGGGCACCCCCAGACGAGAAGGGAAAGUUCGUAUCGGCUCUCAUGGGUGGAACAUUUGGCACGGUUAUCACGUGGCCCCUGGUCGGCGUUCUAAUUGAGACGCUCGGAUGGUCCUUUGCCUUCUACAUUCCAGCAGUAAUCUCUGCCAUCGUAGCAGUCCUGUGGUACAUUAUUGUAGCCGACAGUCCAUCAACCCAUCCUCGCAUAAAAGCGGAAGAGAAAGACUAUAUAGAAAAGUCACUCGGCGACACAAUCUCGAAAUCGAAGCUCUUACCACCAAUUGCAUCACUUGCUACAUCGCCACCAUUUUUGGCCUUGCUAGUGUUGCAUUUUGGCAACCUGUGGGGCUUGUACUUCUUGAUAACUGCAGCACCUAAAUUUAUGAGUGAGGUACUUGGAUUUAAGCUUGCCAAAGCAGGAUUCCUAGCGGCACUACCAUAUCUAGCAAGAUCAUUGGCCGCAUUUUUAUUCGGAACAGUGGGUGAUUUGCUUCGUAAAAAAUCGAUUAUGAGCGUCACUGCAAUACGCAAGUCCUUCUGCUUAUUCUCUCACAUAAUACCCGGCCUGUUUCUCGUUGGGCUAAUCUACAUUGGCUUCGAUCCAUACGUUUGUGUCGCCAUCAUUACACUCUCGCUCGGGUUUAACGGUGCAUCUACGAUGACCAAUCUCCAAAACUCCCAGGACCUGGCGCCCAACUUUGCCGGAACGCUGUACGGUAUCAUUAACUUUGUCGGAACGUCUAGCGGCUUCAUCUCGCCCAUCCUCGUAGCUCACUUUACCGUUCAGCAGAGUACUAUGGAAGAAUGGCAAUAUGUUUUCAUGAUUGGUGCGGCAGCUUACAUCGUUCCUGCGCUCAUAUUUAUCGUCUUUGGUUCAGGACAGGUACAGAAGUGGAACGAACCGAAACAAACGCAAGCGAAUGGAGAGUUCCAACACACCUAAGUUUACGACAAAACCUCCCGAAGCUACAUUCCCACACAACUCUUUCACUUGCCACACUCUUCCCUUUCCUUCUUCUAUCGAAUCUCAGGACAAUUUACUGUCGAUAAAUCGAACCCUACCGUCAUACGGUAACACUCCCAACCAUACUAACAAACGAAAAAAGUAUUAUUAGCUACGAAAGGCAAGCGGUGCUCAUGAAUUAAAUUUAGCUAUAUGACUUAUAUUAGAUUCAUUUAUAUAUGCAUUCAAACCAGUCCCCCGAGUCUUGGUUAUUUGUAUAUUUGUAUCAAACGUAUGUCAGUUAUCUUAUGCGUCGAGACAUAAUAACAUAACAAUACAAAAAAUAGUUCAAAAACUUCGCAUUUUUGCCGUCGUUUGAGAAUCCCGUGAUACUUUUGGUGAAUCCCAUCUUCUUUGUUCCAACCGAACUAAACUGGUUUAACAUGGAAUAAUAGAAUUAGGUCAAUCUAAUAUAUGGAGAAAUUCACUUUCGUACAAAACAAAAUUUAGAAUUUACAAGUAUCUCAUGAUAACAAUAUUUUUUUAUGCAAAUAAAUUGUCCAAUAAAGUAUUUUACAAAAAAAUACUGGGAUAAUUAUUUAUUUAUUUUAUGAAAAUAAUUUACGAUCGUCUGCUGAUUGCGUAACUUGUGUUUAAACAAAGUACAAUAAAAAAUAUUCAAAGUGGCUCAUUUGAGAAAAAAAAAUCUUUAAAAAUGCAAAAUUGCUCUAAAUUAAUAAAAACGAUUUGGAAAUAACAACAGUAGAACAUCCCAUAGAAAAUGUGUAGGCAAAAUAAAAAUGAAAUACCUGUAAGAAUGGUUCCGAGAAAUAAAAAGGGCAUCAUAAAUUAGGCCACCAAAUAUAUAAUUGAGAAAAUUUUUAAAAGAUAACUAACUUUUACAAAAAGUACCAAAACUCCUUAAAAUAAGUCUAAAUAUGUCCAAAUACGCUGACUCCUCCAACAAUAUCGGCAAUUUGUUCAAAGUAUCUGUCUACUCAGCGUAGAAACCUACAUAGUCAAAAGAGUUUCUACACUUAUUUGUGGCACCAUGCAGACGGGUUUUCACUGCUAUUCUUAUUCUUGCUUCGGUGGAACGGUGUGAAUGGCAGUCGAACCCUAGCUGACCAUAUACAGCACAGCGUGAACAUUCAAUUAAGCCUCGACUUUUUUAAAAUAUAACCACUGCAAAUAUUAUGCUAAGUUAAGCCAAAUUGUAGUUAUUGGAAAUACACAGAACAGUCAGAACAAAUUUUAGCAAAGUUUUUAAAAUUUAGGAAUGGAACCGAAGCAGUUAAAUUUGAAAAAGGAACGGAACGGAGCCGAUUCGAUUGAUGUAUGGGAUAUCUUUUCUUUAUGUAAAAUAUAAUAUAAUGUUAUCUUGUUUUAUUUCAAAAA